AUGGCGGCAUCGCCAGACAUCGAGCAGUUGCUGCAGAGCUAUGUCGGCGAGCUGGUGCCCUACACCUUCCACCCGGGAUUCGUGUGCUUGAGCUACACCAUCAGCCUGUUUGGGACGGGCACAACCCUCGAGUUGAUCAGGAGGAGGACUUCGCACCGCGGAUAUCAUAACUUAUUGCUGCUGGUUGGCGCAGCCAUUGCUAUGGGCGGCAUCGCCAUCUGGUCCAUGCACUUCAUCGGCAACCGGGCCAUCUACAUGCUCGACGGCCAGGCGGCCUUCCAAAUCGCCUACUCCGCCUCCCGAACCGUCCUGUCCCUCCUCGUUCCCAUCCUGGUCCUCGUCCUGGCCUUUCUCGGCGUCAGCAGCAACGGCCGCGUCCGACGGGGCGGCAUCGUCAUCGCGGGCAUCCUCUCCGGCUGCGCCAUCUGCGGCAUGCACUACCUUGGCAACGCCUCCAUCAGCAACUACGCCGUCUCCUACAACCUCGGCUUCCUUCUCGGGUCCGUCGUCAUCGCUCUGCUGGCCAGCACCGCCGCCCUGACGCUGUUCUUUGUCUUUGAGAACACCUGGAGCAAUGCCUGGUGGAAGAGGGCGGGAUGUGCCAUGGGGCUUGCAGGCGCCGUGUCGGGGAUGCAUUGGUGCGCCGCCGUCGGCACACGGUACCGCCUGCUGAGUGCGUCGCCCGACGAGCACGGCGUGUCGAGACAGGACUCCAUGAUUGUCGUCAUCUGCCUGGCCAUUUCGGCCGGCUUCGUCUUGACGAUUCUGGCGGCCUAUUCCACCUGGGUGAGGCGGGACUACGCAACCAAGUCCCAGCAAGUCGUCGUCGCGGCCGGCGUGUUUGACGAAAAGGGCCGCAUCAUGGUCAGCCAGGACGGCUACCUCCCCAGCGAGGUGGUGACCGACACGUAUUGGCCCAAGUCCCACGAUGACAUCUUCUCCACCAGCCACCCCCUCUUCCACUGGAUGUUCCGUGCCUCCCGCAACUGGGCCACCAUCUCCAAGGUGCUCCCCAGAAUGGCCUUGCACAUCUCCCGCCUCUCCCAGGCCUCCAACAUUACUGGCCGCGGAAGCGUCCGUCUCGUCGGCGAAGACGGCGUCCUCGUGGAAAACUACGACAUUAUCCUACAGGAACUCUUCUGCAUCGCCGCCGACGCCCUCGCCGCCAAGACCAAGGAGACCCUCAAGGGCGUAGGCACCCUCUGGGACGAAAUCCUUGUCACGGGCCACUCCUUGUCGUUGCAGGGCACACCGUCGUCUGAGCGUUCGCGCCUCCGCAGCAUGGAAAAGCUCCUCUCGUACAGCACCGCCGAAAAAGGCGCCGUCCCUGCUCAAGAGGACGGCCGCGGCACUCUCAUGUUCCUCAUCCGCCAGGUGGAAAGCAAGCGCGAGGUCGAAAAGCUCGAGGCCGCCGGCUUUCGCUUUGCCGAAAUCCACCACGUUGUCGGGUCGGUCCGCUCGAGUAUGCACAUCAAGUCCCCCGACCUGGAGUCUCGGCUGCGCAACAUGGCCCAGCAGAGUCGCAAGACGACCAUGCUUUCCCCGGGCCUUCACGUCGGCAUCUUUGCCGUACGUGCUCGUCUUGACCGAUGUGGCGGUGGCUUUGACGUCCUAGUUCGUAAGACGGCCAAGAACUUGCUCCCCGCCGUUGCUCUGCCCAACAAGGGCCCCCUGUCCCCUGCUGAGUCGGCCUUUGUCCAAUCUCUCGGCGGCCGGACGCUUGACUCGGUCAUUGCCGCGUCGGAGCACUGUGCUUCAUCGCCGACUUUGGAAACCCGGGAAUUCGCCGGGCAGCUGAAAGCUGCCCUCUGCACUCUCAAGAGCUUCCUCGGCGAUGAGUGCUUCAACGAGGCCACUUUGCUGCCAAACAACGUCCAGCUACCUUGCUCGCGCAUCAACACCACCUCGGACCUCAAGUCGGCAUCUAGAUGCACGCUGAUGGCCUUUCAGCUCGUCUUGCCCAUCCACGCCAGCCUGACUGCCUCUCAGUGCGAGUUUACCGCCCUCAGUCUGUUCAAGAUGCGUCAGGUUACCUACGAGAGCUCCUCGGACAUUGUCGAGUUUUCUCACAUGGUUCACCGCGACAUGUCGUCAACAGCUUUGCCAGAAGUGGCAGUCGUCCCUCCGAGGUUCAGCCUAAACCUCCCAUCUUCUAGUCCUUACUUGACCAAGACUAUCGACAGAGUUCGCAGCCACAGACGGCACAAGACGGAUCCUUACCUGGACACGUCCAAAAGCCAAGAGGGUCUAUCAAGGACGGCAUCAUCGAGGCUUAGUUCACUAUGCCACGGUGACGAAGCAAGUAUCGAGGAUGCCUGCAAGCCCCCGGCCCUGAGCCCUGGAUUGAAUCCGGACGACCAAAACGGCACGUCGAACGAUGCUGCUCACAGCCCGCCCAUGCAGCUUCACGUCUACGGCGGCAUCAUGGUUUCCAAGCAAGUGUCGAUCAACUUCCAAGAGACCAAAGAAGCAGACACCAACCCCCCCCAGCAAAGUGGCUCUGAGCUCAUCCAGCUGGUCCCCAGGUCAGAUUCCAGAUGCCAGGCCGAGAAAUCCUUCUCUGCCACGGCAACAGGUGAAACCGUCGCGCCCGAGCUGGCCAACGAGGCCGCCUUUGUAGACGAGCUACUUGCCAUGACCAUGCCGAAGCGGUUCAGCCAGUAG